UCAGAGGCCAAAUGGAAUAAAAACAGUUUUAAAACAGGCAAACAUUUGCAGAAGAGCUUUUGAAGGGUUCUUAGCUGUUCUUCUAGACAAAAAGAGAACAGUGGAUCAGAGGUGCUUCUAAGCUCCUCACGCAUUGUCCUGACAGUAAGUCAGAUUACAUUCCACUUUGCAUAAGUUACUGCUGUGCAAUAUUUACUUCACCCUCUCUUUCCAUGAACAGAAGAAAAUGAUUAAAAAAAAGACAAGCGUGUAUCAACAAACUCAGGCCCUUUUAUACAAGAAUUUCCUUAAAAAGUGGAGAAUGAAAAAAGAGAGCUUAUCGGAAUGGACAAUAACAUUGCUUCUUGGGCUAUAUUUUUGCAUCUUUUCGGGACUCUUCAGAGCAACCCAUCUUCCUGAACAGCCUCCUCAUGUCCUGGGACGUGUGGAUGAAUUUAAUGACUCUGAUCUGGUGGUGGCAUAUACCCCAGUCACUAACAUGACACAGAAGAUAAUCGAUAAGAUGUCUUCGGCUUCAUUUAUGAAAGGAAGAAAAACCAUUGGGGUUGCUGAUAAGGAAAUGAUGGAUACGGUACUUUUAGAAAGCCAUCAUGAAAUGGUGGGAAUUGUGUUUAACGAUACUUUUUCAUAUCAGCUGAAGUUGAAUUGGGCAUAUGGACUUUCAAUUGCAGAAGAACACUCUGAAUACUCAGAACACUGUUGGGAUAUGCAUGAUGGCAUUUUUUGUUACAUGACAAGAUACUGGCAAAAUGGGUUUGUGGCUUUUCAAACGGCGAUUAAUGCUGCAAUUAUAGAACUCACAACAAAUCAUUCUGUGAUGGAGACGCUGACAUCAGCGUCUGGAAUAAAUAUGAGGAUGCCAUCCUUCAUUUCUAAGGGAGAAGUUAUAAAUACAUGGUUUAUUUUUAUUUGUAUAGUUUAUUUCUCCCCUUUUGUAUACUCUACAUCAUUAAAUGUUACAAAGGAAAGAAAGAAGUGUAAGAAGCUAAUGGCAGUGAUGGGUCUCCGGGAGUCAGCAUUCUGGCUCUCCUGGGGAUUAAUGUAUGCAGGCUUCGUAUUUAUCCUGUCCAUUGCUAUGGCUCUGAUCAUAACACUGAGCAAAACUGUAGUGAUUGUUGGCUUCCUGGUGAUCGUCACACUCUUUGUCCUAUAUGGCCUGUCCUUGAUAGCAUUGGCUUUCCUCCUGAGCGUGUUGAUAAAGAAACCUGUCCUUACCAGUUUGGUCGGGUUUCUCUUCACUACAUUUUGGGGAUGUCUGGGAUUCACUGUAUUGUACAGACAACUUCCUUCAUCUCUGGGAUGGAUCUUAAGUCUUUUUAGCCCCUUUGCCUUCACUGCCGGGAUGGCUCAGAUUUCACGCAUGGAUUAUUACCUGAUGGGCGUUACUUUUCCUGAUCCCUCUGGAGAGUCACACGUAAUGAUGGUUACUUUCUUCAUGUUGGCACUUGAUGCUCUUCUCUAUCUGAUACUAAUGUUAUAUUUUGAGCGAGCUUUGCCUGAUGAAGGUGGCCACCCGUGUUCACCACUGUUUUUCCUAAAGUCUUCAUUUUGGUCCCAACAUCGAAACACUCAUCAUGAAGUCUUUGAGGACGAAAUCAAUCCCGAGCAUUAUCAUCGAGAUGACUCUUUUGAACCGGUGCCUCUGGAGUUCCAUGGAAAAGAAGCCAUAAGAAUCAGAAAUAUUAGAAAAGAAUACGAUGGGAAGCCUGAAAACGUAGAAGCAUUGCAAGGCAUAUUUCUUGACAUAUAUGAAGGACAAGUGACCGCAAUCCUUGGACAUAAUGGCGCUGGUAAAUCGACACUGCUGAACAUUCUUAGUGGGUUGUCUGUUCCUACAAAAGGAUCAGCCACUAUUUAUAAUACCCAACUCUCUGAAAUAACGAACAUGGAAGAAACUAGAAUGAACAUUGGAUUUUGUCCACAAUUCAAUAUUCAAUUUGACUUUCUGACUGUGAGAGAAAACCUCAGGCUAUUUGCUAAAAUAAAAGGGAUUCAGUCCAAGGAAGUGGAACAAGAGGUGAAAAGAGUCAUAAUGGAAUUGGACAUACAAAACACUCAAGACGUUAUUGCUAAAAAUUUGACUGGUGGACAAAAGAGAAAACUGACACUUGGGAUUGCCCUUUUAGGAGAUCCUCAGGUUUUGCUGCUGGAUGAGCCAACUACUGGACUGGAUCCUUUUUCAAAGCACCAAGUUUGGAACGUCCUCAAGGAGCGGAAAACAAACCGUGUGAUCCUUUUUAGUACCCAGAUUAUGGAUGAGGCUGACAUCUUGGCUGAUAGGAAAGUGUUUAUGUCUAAUGGGAAGUUGAAAUGUGCAGGGUCAUCUUUGUUUCUGAAGCAAAAAUGGGGUAUUGGAUAUCAUUUAAGUUUACGCAGGAAUGAAAUGUGUAAUCUGGAGAGAAUCACAUCCCUCAUUAAGCGGCAUGUCCCUGAUGCCAAGUUAAGAGCAGAAAGUGAAGAAAAACUUGUGUAUCUUUUGCCCUUGGAAAGAACAAACAAGUUUCCAGAUCUUUACAGGGAUCUUGAAAAGUGUUCUAAUCAGGGCAUAAUGAAUUAUGAUGUUUCCAUGACAACUCUGAAUGAAGUCUUCUUGAAUCUAGAAGGCAAAUCAACAAUUGAUGAGCCAGAUGUUGGCAUUUGGAAACAAGAGAAAGUCAAUGAGACAAGGGAUGCUGGAACUGAGUCUGAAAUGCAACAGGCUCCUUGCUCUCUUCCUGGAUUGAGAAAGGCCAUCAGUACCAGAACUCUCUGGAGACGACAGGUGUGUGCAAUGGCAAGGCUUCGCUUCUUAAAGUUAAGGCACGAGAGGAAACUUCUUUUGUCCUUGUUACUGUUACUUGGUAUUCCUUUAAUCCCUACCAUUUUUGUGAAGAUAGUGGUUGCGUUAUCUCAUUCCACUCAUUGUCGGGAGCUCUCAUCCAGUAUGUAUUUUCUUUCUCUGGAACAACCCUCACAGACUCCUCUUACCAGUCUAUUGGUCAUCAACAAUACAGGAUCAAAUAUUGAAGACUUUAUGCAGGCACUGAAGCGUCAGGAUAUACUUCUGGAAGUAGAUGAUUUUAGAAAUAGAAAUGGCUCCGAUGAUCCUUCCUACAAUGGAGCCAUCAUAGUGUCCGGUGACCGGAAGGAUUACAGAUUUUCAGUUGCGUGUAAUACCAAGAGAAUGACUUGUUUUCCUGUUCUUAUGGGAAUUGUUAGCAAUGCCCUUCUUGGAAUUUUUAACUUUACCGAACUUAUUAAAACAGAGAGAAACACAUUUCCUUUUAAUGGCGUCUUAGUGGAAUUUGGUUUUGUGAAUGGGCCUUUAUUUUUGCUGGUCCUUGCAAACUGCCUUUCUCCUUACAUUGGCAUGAGCAGCCUCAGCGAUCGCAAACAAAAAACUCAGUCUCAGUUAUGGAUUUCAGGCCUGUGUCCUUCGGCAUACUGGAUUGGACAGGCUCUGGUGGACAUUCCAUUAUACUGCUCGAUUCUUCUUUCAGUGUAUUUAAUUAACUGCCUCACGGUUUUGGAAGUCAGAUUCCCACUGGUGCUCAUGUUUGCUCUUGUGGUUUACAUAGUUGGUUGUGCAGCUUCUCUUAUAUUCUUCACAUAUGUGAUUUCAUUCAUCUUUCGCAAGAGAAGAAAAAAUAAUGGCCUUUGGUGUCUCGGGUUUCUUAUUAUUUCAGUAUUUUUACUCAUCAUCCAAUCAUCAGCCAAACCUGAAGACCCCAGUUUAAUUCUAUGCAUGAUUUCAAUACCUUUCUACACUUUAAUUAGAUUUUUCAUACUUUUUAUGGAGGUAUUUUAUGUGUAUGUGAGAAACUCGGAAAGUGUGAAUGAUGAAAUAAAGGAAGGCAAUCAGAGCAUUCUCUUAACAAUCUUAAUACCAUACCUUCAGAGUAUCAUUUUCCUUUUUGUCAUAAGGUGUCUAGAAAUGAAGUAUGGACAAAAAACAAUGAGGAAAGACCCAGUCUUCAGGAUCUCCCCAAGAAGUAGGGAAAAUCAUCCAAACCCAGAAGAGCCAGAAGAAGAAGAUGAGAAUGUCCAAGCUGAAAGAGCGAGAACAGCAAAUGCACUCACUACUCUGAACCCGGAUGAGAAACCACUCUUAGUGGCAAGCUGUUUACACAAGGAAUAUAAAGAGAAAAAGGAACAUUGCUUUUCAACAAGAAAGAAGAAAAUAGCUAUUAGAAACAUCUCAUUCUGCGUUAACAAAGGUGAAGUGUUGGGGUUGCUGGGACACAAUGGAGCCGGUAAAAGCACUUCUAUUAAAAUGGUAACAGGAGACACAAAGCCAACUGCAGGAACGGUGGUUUUAGAAGGCUACAGAACAUCUCCAAGGCAACCGGAAGAUGACACCAUCAAGUUCUUGGGGUACUGUCCUCAGGAGAACUCACUGUGGCCCGGUCUUAUGGGGAAAGACCACCUGGAGCUGUACGCAGCAGUGAAAGGAAUGAGCAAACAGGAGGCUGCUCUGAGUACUUCUCGAUUGGUGGAAGCUUUCAAGCUCCAGGAACAACUUAAAGUGCCCGUGAAGGACUUAGCCCAUGAAGUAAAGAGGAAGCUGUGCUUUGCACUGAGCGUCCUGGGAGACCCAUCGGUGGUGCUUCUGGAUGAGCCAUCCACAGGGGUGGACCCCGAGGGGCAACAGCAAAUGUGGCAGGCAAUUCAGACCAUUGUUAAAAACACAGAGAAGGGUGUUCUCCUGACCACCCACUCCAUGGCGGAGGCUGAGGCUGUGUGUGACCGCGUGGCCAUCAUGGUGUCCGGAAAACUGAGGUGUAUUGGUUCCAUUCAAAAUCUGAAAAGCAAGUUUGGUAAAGAUUAUAUUCUAGAAGUAAAAAUAAAGGACCCCACUCAGGUGGAACCUGUCCACACAGAGAUUCUGAAGCUUUUUCCGCAGGCUGCUCAGCAGGAAAGAUAUUCCUCCAUGAUGGCAUAUAAACUACCUGUGGAAGCCGUUCGCCCUCUGUCUCAGGCCUUUUUCAAAUUAGAGGCAGUGAAACAGACCUUCGACCUGGAAGAAUACAGCCUCUCUCAGGCUACCUUGGAACAGGUAUUCUUAGAACUCUCUAAAGAACAGGAGCUGGGAAAUCUUGAUGAUGAAGUUGAUACAACAGUUAGAUGGAAACUCCUCCCACAAGAAGAGCCUUAAAACCCUGAGUCUCCUAAUGUUAGGUUUUAGGUCCUACUACAUUAUUAGUUUCCAGAAUUCUAGAACAAUCUGCCAUAUUACCACAGGUAACAAACAAACCAACAAAAACAUUCAGUAGUUUAAACAACCAAUAAUGAUUAAGAAUUUAAAUGGCUUUCAACAUUCUAGAAUGGAGGGAGGGGAGAAGCAAAGAUAGGGAAAGAUAGUGAGUGUAACAUAAUCAGACAUUAUAGUAAUCACUAGUAAGACCUAUUUUGUGCUCAAUAUUAAUUCAAAAAUCAUAAUGUUAGUCCACUUUUUUAUUAUUUUCAAUAAGGCUGGAUGCUAAACACAUUUUAUGAAUAAAACAUUGUAUUUUUGAACCUGAACUUUAAAUAUAUCAGCUCUUUUUAAAGCAUUAUUUACUCAAAUACCAACUUAAUGUAAUAUUGACCAUAAGAUGAUCUAAUAAGUUGGUGGAUAAAAUGACACAGUAUAACCUUUAGAUAUAAUUAAAUUUUCUGAUUAUAACAUAAGGAUAUGUUCAUGUAAGGAUAUAUAGAAAUUAUAUCGACGAAGAUAAUAGUAAUCUAUAGUAAAACACCAGCAUAAAUAUUUUAGCUACCUAUCAUCAAUGCUCUUUUCAUGAGUACCUUCUCAAAGUUGACAUCAGUGGGCAUGGUGAUUUCCUAUGUUUUUCCACUUCACGGUUCAUGAACAUUUCCCAUAUCAUUGUAAUGCCUUUGGGUUAUGAAAUGGCUGCAUUGGAUUCCUUUGAUGUACUAUCAUGGUUUUACUUAACUUUUUUUACUAUUAUCUGACAUUUUUGGUUACAUGCUAGUUUAUCUUUUAUAAAUAAAGCUGUGACGAACUUCUCUUCAGUCUUCUCUUAUUACAGUCUUGGGUAAGUAGUUCCAAUAUCAACAAAUAGCUCUCUGCUCUAUGAAAUCUGGGUAACUUUGUUCUCUGACCAACAGAAAAGUUCAGUACCUAUCCUAAGCUUCUGAAACCCCCACAGGACCUUUUAAUGUCGUGCUCAUCCCUGACUCUGACUUCCUUCAUCUGCUGAAUUCCUGUUGUCUGGUCUGUGGUUUGUGUCAGUUCCUUAACCUUCACCUUGGCCUUGACUUAAAGGUAGAACUUGGCCCCUUACCUUGAUUCCUACAAACAGCCAUUCCACGGGUCAUUUAUAAAAGAGGCACAUCCUCCUACCUUGUAGGAGUGCCUAAAAUUAAAUUAGAAUGCAUAAAAAUUUGGCAUUUUUUCUGUAAUGUUCUAGUUUUCUUAAAACGGAAAUUCCAUUCAAUUCGUUGGAUCAUUAAAACCAACAAAGAAAUAUAUUUAUGAUUUCAGUAGAUGAAACAUUUUCUAUCCCUAGAUUACCACACCUCUUCAGUUGCUUUAGUUCAAUGGUUCUCAACUGGGGGCAGUCACCCCUGUCCCCCCCCCCCCCCCCCACCACACACACACACACACACACACAGGGGACAAUUGGCAUUAUUUGGAGUUGUUUUUGAUUAUCUCGACAGGGGGUUGCUACUGGCAUCCAGGGGGUAGAGGCUAGGGAUGCUGCUAAACAUCCUACAAUACACAGGAUGGCUUUCCACGAAAAAGAAUUAUCCAGCUCAAAAUGUCAAUAGUGCCCAUACUGAGACUCUAAUUCUUGCUAACCCUGUGAGCUCAUCCUCUAGGUUUGAUUAUUCACCACCCAGCAUCUGAGACUGUCUCAAGUCCCUAUGUCAUCUGUGAUCCUCCAGGGACUUUUUUUUUUUCUAUGAGUCUUUUCUUCCAGGUCCUAAUGGCUCAUCCAGAGAAAAAGGUGGUACUUUUGGGCUUGCUUCAUAUCUGGGAUGGAUUAUCACAAUUGGUCAAAAAGAGAAGCUUGGUAAAAAAAUAACACCUUCCACUUUCUACCCAUGUCCUUACUCUGGUCAAACAGUGAUUUGCUUUGACCAAAAAGGAUACAGCAAGGUUCUGUGAUGUCUUCUGAUGCACCUGUUUGGCAGUGGGUGCUGCUAGCUAUCAGAUGAAAGUACUUCCUCUAACAAACCUUCUUUAGCUUCUUUGAAUAGGCAGGCAUUCUGGACUUUAACUUUGUAAAUUUCCUGCUUCUAUAGGUGAAAAUCAUUCAAGUGUAGUAUGUUUCAUUCCUUAAAGUUUUGCUUUGCAGUCAUUGCUCGUAACUCCAACUUCUCUGGCCACAUGCUGUGACUACCAGGAAAACAUAGUUUUGGAAUGGGUAGGACCUCUCAAUGCUUUCCAGCCAUAGUGUCUUAACUAAUCACAAAAGGUCCACAUUGUUGGUGAUUUCCAAUUGCACAAAGCCUCGUUCCUGGUUGUGAUUUCUGUAUUCCUUGGAUUUUCCAGCUUGUAAGAAAUGGAAUCACGUACCUUAAUCCAGGUAAUGAGGGGCUUGUUGUAGUCCCGGCCUAUCCAAGAAGAAAGAGAGUUCUGAAAGAGACAGCUUGAAGGUUACUGUGGAUUCAAGACAACCACAGGACUCUUUAGAAGAGUGUACUAUAUUAGCUAAGCCAGAAAAAUACAUAUAAGAGUGGCGACUGUGGAUUUUACUCUACCCAUGAUACUCAGCUUCUUGCUCAGCUCUGCCUUUCCUGAAAUAUGGGCUUCUUCCCCCAGUUAGUUUUCUCAACUACUUCUGCGUACUUAAAGCUGUGGCUUACCUCUAUCUUUAACUUAUCCCAUGGCUUCCAUUGUCCUUCCUACCUCAUUGCCUUUCUCUGUGCGUCUGUUUGACUUCGUCUGUAUUGCCCGGCUCCAUUUCUGGAGAAUCAAAGCUUGUGAUUGGCUUUGUCUCUAUUUGAGCUGAGCUGUUUAUAACCAACAACACAUAGGCUGAAUGUGCUAUCGUCUGGCACCCAUGAUACAAAUUAUGGUCAACUUUACAAUAAGAACAGCCUGGGCCCUCAUCCCUCAGGAAGGCAGUUUCCAAGAAGCAGCAAGAAGCUGGUAAGUACGAUGCUUGGCACAUUCCAUAAAACCGAUAGAGUUUAACCCAUACACAGAAUUCAUGUCUUUUAACACAGAUUCUCCUCACAUUGAAAAUGCCUUGGAAGAUCUGGCAGGAUUACUCUGGAUUAGGUUAAAAAUACCAAUGGUUACUGGGCACCUGGGUGGCUCAGUCGGUUGAGCGCCAGACUCCUGAUUUUGGCUCAGGUCAUCAUCCCAGGGUUGUGGGAUCAAGCCCUGUGUUGGGCUCUGUGCUGAGUGUGGAGUCUGCUUAAGAUUCUCUCUCUCUCCCUCCUACCCUUCCCCCUCCCCCACUUGGGCACUCUCUCUCAAAUAAUAAUAAUUUAAAAAAUACCAAUGAUUGCAAGUAACACAAAUGGGCAUUUAUUGCCCAGAAAUUUUCCAUGUCUCCAUUCACUUGAUCUUUUAAAAAUAUGGUAAAAUAGGGGCCCCUGGGUGGCUCAGCCGGCUAAGCAUUUGACUCCUGACUUUGGCUCAGAUCAUGAUCUCACACUUUGUGAGUUCA